AUGGUGCAGACAAACCAACUAGAACCAUCGCUAACGGAUCUGAUAUUAAACCCGAAAUCGAAGAAAAUCGCCCGACCGCCAAACGCAUUUAUGCUGUUCGCCAGGGAACACAGAAAGUCCCUGGCCAUGAAGUAUCCGACUCACAACAACAAGAACAUCAGCUCUCUUCUGGGAGAAUGCUGGAGGAGCGUGGACGAGGCCACCAAGAAGGAAUAUUACAAGAAAGCCAAAAUGUUGGAGGAAUUGCACAAGCAAAGAUACCCAGGUUACGUCUAUAGUCCAAGAAUAGCACGAAUGCAAAAAAUGGCCAGAAAGAAGAAAAAUCCGGAUAAAUGCUGUGAUAACAACGAGUCUAACGACAAUGAGGCAUCAUUAAAGCCUGUUGGAACAGACAGUGCAUGCAACCAUGGAAAUGAAAAAUGUGAUGAAUGGAAUGACAAUAAUUCUGAAAAGAAAAAGUCCAGUCCCGGUUAUGUUCCAAACAAUCCGCAAUAUUUUUCUGAUCCAGAACAUGGAACACAACCCGAAUUGCUUUGCAAUGCCGAACGUAACACAUCAUCUAUAGCUUCUCAAGGUUAUGCUUAUCCUGGCUGUCCACCUCCACCUUGGACCAUACCACCUGUGGAAUCUAUAGCUGUGCCUUGCUCAGGUAGAUGCCCAGAUGAAUGCAUGACAAGGUCCGAUUUGUAUACAGAGAACUAUUACCCAAAAACUAUCAAAUCCGAAAUGUAUGAUUACGGUCCCUGGAAUCGGUAUUCAGAUUAUCCAUAUGAAUCUCCAGUCAAUUCUACUUGGGGUUCAUGCGUAGCAGGUUGCCAAGGUGAAUGCAGCACGAUUCACUCGAGCGAUGAGUACAGCAGUUACUCACACUUUCCCUCAUCGCAGCAUCUAGAUUUGAAGAGUCCUUACUACCAUUAUAAUUCAACCGCACCAUAUAGAAAUUCUUCUUAUCCUUAUUCUUACGGACCUUACAGAGAUAGCCCGAUGCCAUACCGAUCACGACGGUACAUACCUUGUAAGAAUUUUCCACCAAAAGCCCCACCUUCAUAUUUUUGCAAAAGUAUGGACUACUUCCACAAUCAAUAUCAACAUCAUUCCAGGUUUCCAUAUUCUCCUCAACCGAUUGAUUAUCCACCAAUUCAUGAAACUGUUUGCUCGAGUGACUAUCCUCCUGAAGUCUAUGAUAGCAGGAGUUUUCAUGUAGAGGAAAGGACCGAGUCCAAUGAUACUGCUCACAGUGCACAAUAUGAAGAAGUGGAACAAGUAAAUAACGAAUCGGAUGGCAACGAAAUACUCAAUGUAGUAGAUGUAGAAAGUGAAGAGAGCAAUAUUCUCACAGAAGAAGUUGUGGAAUUAACAAACCCAGAACUUGGGCAAGUUGUUCACGAUGUUAUCGUCAUGUAA